UGAGUCAUCUUCCCGGAUGUAGACGAUCUUCGACGGAGCUAGCCGGCUAACUACUAGCUAGCUCAACAGACGCCAUUAGUUGGGGUGAAAAGCAGGCAUUCGCAUCAGCUUGAAAGGGGAAGUAGCCCUCAGUCCGGACCCGUUUCUCCCACACUUGUUGGUAGAUACUGAUAAAAGUCAGAUUCGCGUGUGUUGUCGAGGGGUUUCUCUCCUGAUUUUAGCUCUUUUUUUAAAAGUCGGAAGCUGAUGUGAGCUACGCAGGACUUCAGUUCCGAUCGGGGUUAGCAUUAGCAGCAUUAGCUUGUAGGUAACGGCUGUUUUGAUCAAAAAGACCCGAGGACUUCUUCACUGAACUGCCAGCCAUGGCGGCCGGGGGGACGGGCGGCAAGACGUACUCGUUCAAGGUGGUGUUGCUGGGGGAAGGCUGCGUGGGGAAGACGUCUCUGGUGCUGCGGUACUGCGAGAACAAAUUCAACGACAAACACAUCACAACUCUACAGGCGUCCUUCCUCACAAAGAAGCUCAACAUCACAGGAAAGAGAGUGAACCUGGCCAUAUGGGACACAGCCGGCCAGGAGCGUUUCCAUGCGUUGGGUCCCAUCUACUACAGAGACUCCAACGGAGCCGUACUAGUGUACGACGUCACAGACGAAGACUCCUUUCAGAAGGUGAAGAACUGGGUGAAGGAGUUGAGGAAAAUGUUGGGCAACGACAUUUGUUUAUGUAUAGUAGGUAAUAAAAUAGAUUUGGACAAAGACAGACACGUUUCAGUGGAAGAGGCUGAGAGUUACGCUGAGUCGGUGGGAGCCAAACACUACCACACAUCAGCCAAGUUAAAUAAAGGCAUCGAGGAACUCUUCCUGGAUCUCUGUAAAAGGAUGAUGGAAACGGCUCAGGCUGAGGAGAGGUUAAAGGGCAACGGAGCCAGCCAAUCAGCAUCGAGCAGGCGGGGCGUACAGAUCGUCGACGACGAACCACAAGCCACGCCCGCCGGAGGAUGCUGCUCUUCUGGCUAGCGCACACACACGCACACACACACACACACACACGCAUAUAUACACACACACACGCAUAUAUACACACACACACGCUUGCAGACACAUUCACGAGUGUCUCUGUUGCUCUAAAGUCCUUCAAAAAAAAAG